UGAACCUCUGAGAAAGGAUCAACUUCCAAAGGCUGGAAUUAACUUUGGUGCUGCUUGGGAAGUAAAACUAGAAAGAGAAAAUGAUGGAGCAAAGGUUACAGAGGGUGGAGAAUGAGUCUGAUGAGUAGUCUUCUACCUCCUCUUGCUUCUUCUUCUUACAUAAACACAGCUCCUAAACUGAAAACUACUCACACUCCAAACCUUGUACUUGGACAGAGGGUCCUACCUAAUCUCCUCUCUUUGGCCCUUGCUGUAACCUUAGCCUCUCCUUUACCAUCUCAUGCAAUCCCAUCCCUCAAUUCUCAACCCCCUCCAAUCUCCCUCACCACUCCCUUUUCUCAAUCCAAGAAUUUGGAGCUUGGACUUGAAAAUGGAAAAAUUAGACCUUGCCCAUCAAUCAAUCCAGGUUGUAUAUCAACAAAUCCCAAGUCAUCAUCUUUUUCGUUUCCUUGGCUUAUUCCCUCAAAUUCCUCGGAUGAUGCUAUUCAGAAACUACGUGAAGCAAUCCUGAAGACCCAGAAAAAUGUGAAAUUUCAGCCUGUGGAAGAUACUCCAGAUGGUCAAUAUCUACAAGCUGAAGUUGAUGGAGGAUUUGGUAGAGAUAUUCUUGAGUUUCUGGUGAAAGGUGAUGUGGUUGCAUACAGGUGUGUGGCAAUGAAAGUAACUUAUGUGUACCCUUUCACUACUGCAUUCGGAGAUUCAAAGGGUCAAGAAGCAAGACUGAAGCAAAUCAAUGACCAGUUGGGAUGGUAUGCUCCAAGUUUUGAUUCCAUGGAGGAAUAGUGUUGUUUCGUUCUUUCGUUGGUUUAGUUCUUUGAUUGGUGCCUGUCUGAAUCCUUAAUUCCUUUAAUGUUAUAUUUUGCCUCAUUAUGUGCAAUUUUAUGGCUUUUGCAACUUAAUAUUUUAAUGCUCAAUAAUCUUAGACUCACCAUUGUAGAUUUUUUUUAUCAAUUAUUCUAUCAGUUAGUUUCUACAA